GACACUGUUUAAGGAGAGCAGGCGUGUACACGGACACCUCACAUCAGUCCUGGUGAAGAAGAAAGUUAUAGCUCCUACUAAGGUGAAAGUGAAGGAGUCUUCCUGCAAGCCAGAUAAAAAGAUGCCUGUUUCCGUUCCUUCAACGCACUCAAGCAGCACCUUAGCUCUGUCUUCAGAGCCUCAGACAGGAGCUCUGGGCAUCAGUGCCCAAACCAGAGAACUCCUGUCCCUUGGGGCAGCUCAAGCAGCCAGCAGCACUGGCACUCCUGCUACCUUCAUGGAUAACUCCUUGGAUGAGGACCUAAUUCAUAAUCCCACUUCCUCCCUCGAAGCUGUCUCUAAGGAACUGGCUGUGCUGAACAGCAGAGCAGGAGGGAGCCCUGACUUUACUCUUCCUGGAGCUCCAAAGGCUCCACCAGAGAAGAUCCCAAAUCUUGCAUCCCCAGAGGAGAAGAGGACAUUUCCAAAGUCCAACCCUUCCCCUACAUCUUCCUCUGGUUCCCUCCAGUCUCCUCUAAAUUUCCUGGCUGAGCAAGCCCUGGCCUUGGGCCAGUCUUCUCAAGACAAAAAGACAGAGAACUCUAAUUACAAAGAGCUCUCCUGCCAAGCUUCCCCCAACAAAAUCCUUCCUGAUGCACAUCAAGCUAAACAGAAACACCACAGCCUGGUCCGGCCAAGCCAUGGGCCUCAAACCUCCACCCCAGUGCCGGGUUCUCAGGUGAAGGUCUUUCACUCAGGCAGCCAGCUACAGAAAACUUUCACCUCCCCGGCUCCGUUUGUCAAACUGCAGAAUCCCAAGUCGUCCUCCCUACUGCCCCAGCGCUCCCUCCUCCAGCAGGUCAAGUCAUCAACCAAAGCUCAGAGCUUCCAUUCUUCUGCGUCAGCAGGUGGUACCCAAAACUCUGGCAGCUCCCACAAGAACCCAGGCUCAUCCUCAUCUCUCAGCUACACAGGAAAGCACUCAAGCAGCUCUAGUUCUUCAGGACAAUCUUACAAAUCGCCCUUCGUUUCUGGUUCCCUCUCCAAGCAUGGGGCUUCUUCCAGCAGCUCCUCAUCUGGAGCUUCUGGAAACCAGGGUUGUUCCUCUGGUAGCAUGCUGCCCAGUGUGCAGUCCCCUUCCUCGGGCCAGGCAUCCAACCGCCCAUCCUCAAGCUCAUCGGUGAAGAAGACGUCUGUUUCACAAAAGCUGACUCUGGUGGCACCUCCUGGAGGUUCAAACGGAGAUUCUAGCGGGGGCACUCAAGGGGUGGCCAAAUUGCUGACCUCCUCCCUAAAGCCAGCUGUUGUUAGCAGCACCGCAUCUUCUACCUCUGUGCCGAAAGGAACUAGUGGAGCUGUGCUGCUAACGAGUUCUUCCUCCUUAAGUGUACUGGCUCCAUCCUACAAGUCCAGCAGUCCAAAGCUGCCAGCUGCCCUGAGCUCCACCCCGUUAGGUAUUAUCUCUCCUAUUCAUUCCUUCCCUCUUCAUGUCAUCUCCUUCAGUUCAGACUCCUCCCCAAAAGCAGGAGUAUCAAAGGAUGCAAUAGUUACAGGACCUGCUCCAGGAACUUUCCACCACAGUCUUGGCCACAGUCUUCUAGCUGGCUUGCACUCCAGCCCCAACCAUGCAGCGCCACUCCCACAUUCUGCUCUGUCUACUCAUUUACCGCAAAGUUUGCCAGAUGCUUCUCAGCUUCACGGCAAAGGGUCCAAUGCACAGCAGCGCAAGUUGUGACGUCUGCAAGGAGGGGAGCUAGAGCACACAUAGGAUAAACCCAAGAGGAACAGGACAUGAACUCUGGAUGCCGGCUGUGUCUUUUUUUUUUCUUUUUUUUUCAUGACAACUGGAGAGACUGAACUGCAACGAGGAACUCAUUGGUGCAUUUGCUCAGAGGCUCUUGAAGGUGAGCCCCACGCAAAGAGCCACCUUGAGCCAUGCCCUAAUGAGAGGAGUGUUUUGUAGCACUGUUUUAUCGCUGCUGCCCUUCACGCAUUCCUGGGCACUGGCAGGAGUUAGAACUUCCAGGGAGACUCAGGUGGCCUGGCUUUCUUACAGUGGAUUCCCACCCACCUGCAUCUGUAUCUGCCAGGUACCUCCCAAGUCCAGUUACCUCCUUAGUCUCCCACUGGAGGGUAUGAAAGGUGCUUCUUCUGCUUUGGAUUUACUAGGAUAAUUCUUGCACUGCCAGUGCUUUCUGAAGACAUUUGACUAACUCUUCAAUUGUAGUAUAAAACUGUGCUACAGUUAAUUGGAGGACUUAACAUUUCCUGUGUGGUGAAUCUAAUGAACUGCCUGAUGUUCCCCUCUGGAGGAGAAGGAAGACUCUUUAGAGAGAUGUUUUUAGAUGCAGUCAUCGACUUUGAGAAUUCUACUUCUUUUGGUUUUUGGAUUUUUUUUCCUCCAAAGGGAUGCUUUUUUCCUGCUCAGUUUUAUCCUCAUUACCAUCGAAUGCAUUGGAUUGAAUGGGACACUUGUCGACAUGUCACAUGUAUAGGAAGACAUAAUUCCAGUGCCUUUUAUGGUGGAGCAAGAAUGGACUAUGACACACAUUUCAGCCCUAUUUUGUGUGCUCCUUGACCCUUUUUUCUAUCAUUCUGUAUUUAAAAUGUAUUCUGUUUUAUUUAAUAGAGCUUUUUAUGGUUGCACAUCAGAGAAAAAAAAAAA